ACAGACAGACAGACAGACAGACAGACAGACAUACAGCUCCAGCCAUGAUCCUGAUGGGUCGCACCUUGUGUCUUCCGUCUCCAGCCACCGUUCAGGAGUUGUUCUCUGUGGCUCGAGACGCCAGCGUCAUCCCUGAUAUCUCCUUGGAUCCCGUCCUCACUACCUUCCUCUCGCUGGACUCCUCAGAUGCUCUGCAGCAUCAGUAUGCCUUCUUACAGCGCAGCAUGACCGGGGAGCAGCAGACUGCGUUCGGCCUCAGCCUGACAGGACAGCUGGGAAACAGCAGCAGGGUCACCUAUGGAGGAGUCGGGGUUGUUGCUCUGGCUCUGUCCAUGCUUUUUGACCAGGUUGCCCAACAAAUCCGAGCACAAGGAUCCACAGAAGGCGACCCAUCUGCUCAGACACCUCCCCAGGCUAAAAGGAUUUUUGGGAUCAGCAGGUCAUCAAGAAUUGGCUGGAUCAUCCACAGCUACCUCCGCCUGAUCCCUGGCAUCGCCAGCAACCAGGAGAAGAUGGCUGAGACUACAGAGCUCUACGACAACUGGCUGAAGCUCGAGCUAAUUGACCAUUAUGAGAGGAUGACCACGAAGAAGAGGAUGAGUUCAGUGUCCAUGCAGCAGUGGUUGGCAGGAGCUGCGUUUCAUCUCCACAUGAGAUUUCACCAGGUUCGUCUGCACUCUGUGCCCGUAGGAUCAGCCGAGUCGCUGCGUCUGUCUUAUAAGACAGCGUUAGGUCGUCUGGUUCAAGGCUACACAACUUAUCUACACAGAAACAUUAAGGAGACUGGAGCUCCAGGACCCCGAAAACCCAGAAUCGGGACAGCCAGUGAACCAGCACAAACUGACACAUUCAGAAGAACCAACAUGACCUGCUCAAGUAAUCAUAGUUUUAAUGACAGUCUGGUUCAUAUCUCAAAGUUUAAUGAGACUACAGCACCCAAUUCAACUGCUGAAAUCAGCAGAAGUUGUAAAAAAGGCAGAUCCCGUGAAGGCUUUGUACUAAAUGUGUCAAACAGAAGCACUGAGAUCACUGAGGGUGUGGUCAACGGAACGAUACUCAACAACACGAGCAUCAAUGAGGAUGUUCAGGGUCUGUUAGUCAUCGAGCCAUGGAGGAACGUGAGUCACAACGUGCAGCACCACCCCUGUGAGUCUCCGGCCAUACAACAAGCUCUGGUGACUCGGAUUAUUAAUGCUCAGGACCUGGAGAGGAACAGAAACUUCUUCCUGUACCCUAAGAAAGUCUUCCACAGCCUGCUCAGGCAGAGGGACGACUUUGAGAUAAAGACAAGUUAGACAGAAAUAAACAGAGGUGGAAUGUAACCAAGAACAUCUAAGCAAGUCUACUGUAUGUCAGUAUAAAUUUGAGAUACUUGUUGCGUACUAGAGUAUUGUCUACACUCACCGGCCACUUUAUUAGGUACAGCUGUUCAACAGUUUGUUAACACAAAUAGCUAAUCAGCUAUUUGUGAAAACACAUGGCAGCAGCUCAAUGCAUUUAGUCAUGUAGACAUGAUGAAGACAAGCUGCUGAAGUUCAAACAGAUCAUCAGAAUGAUGAAGAAAAGUGUAUAACCACUGGUUACAACCAAGGUCUGCAGAAGACCAUCUCUGAACCAACAACACGUCCAACCUUGAAGCAGAUGGGCUGCAGCAGCAGAAGACCACACCAGGUGCCACUCCUGUCAGCUAACAACAGGAAACUGAGGCUACAAUUCACACAGGCUCACCAAAACUGGACAAUAGAAGAUUGGAAAAACCACAUUCAGGUGGAAGCAUGGAUCCAUCCUGCCUUGUAUCAACGGUUCAGGCUGCUGCUGGUGGUGUAAUGGUGUGGGGGAGAUUUUCUUAGUACCAACUGAGCAUGGUUUAAACACCACAGCCUACCUGAGUAUUGUUGCUGACCGUGUCCAUCCCUUUAUGACCACAGUGUACCCAUCUUCUGAUGGCUACUUCCAGCAGGAUAACGCACCAUGUCACAAAGCUCAGAUCAUCUCAAACUGGUUUCUUGAACAUGACAGUGAGUUCACUGUACUCCAAUGGCCUCCACAGUCACCAGAUCUCAGUCCAAUAGAGCACCUUUGGGAUGUGGUGGAAAGGGAGAUUCUCAUCAUGGAUGUGCAGCCGACAAAUCUGCAGCAACUGUGUGAUGUCAUCAUGUCAAUAUGGACCAAAAUCUCUGAGGAAUGUUUCCAGCACCUCAUUGAAUCUAUGACACCAAGAAUUAAAAAGG